GUGACAUCAAAUCAGUGGCAUGCAAACAUAUGUACAUACAUAAAUAAAUGCAUGCAUGUAUACAUAUACAUAUGUAUGUAGUAUAUCUGUUUGUCAAUACGUACUAAAUGAGUACAGUGAUUAGAAUGUGUGAAAUUUAAUUGUUAGCUGGCGUAGUUUGACAAAGAAUUGGCGUCAAUUGCUAACGGAAGUCUGUUUGACUAUCAAUCAAAAUACAUACAUACAUAGGUACAUAUACGAAACACCUACCAAGGCAAACACCAAUUGCACCGCCUGCCUGAUUAGCAUCAUUAACUAACUGGUCGAAGGCAUACCUACAAGAUGAUGACAAUGAACGAGUUAGUGGACCUGCGAAUGCAGCAACAAAUUGCGCACGAGAUAUACCGACAGCAAAUUAUGCAACGUAUUCCAGAUCCUUUUCCGCCAAUGCUGCCUUUUCCUAUUCCGCGACACGUAAUAAUGCCACCGAGAAUCUCUUUGCCUGGAACAGAUGUGACCCUGCAAAACGAUCAGCUUUGGAAGCAAUUUCAUCAAAUCGGCACAGAAAUGAUUAUAACAAAAAGCGGCAGACGAAUGUUUCCAUCAAUGCGUCUUUCGCUUUCCGGCCUGGAGGAUGACUCUAACUACUGUGUUUUGUUGGAGAUGGUUCCGAUCGGCGAUUGUCGCUACAAGUUCUCUGGAUCUCAAUGGAUGCCUGCUGGCGGCGCGGAGCCUCAGAGUCCUCAACGGAUGUAUUUGCACCCGGAUAGUCCUGCAUCUGGGGCUCACUGGCAAGCGCAACCUAUUCUAUUUAACAAAGUGAAACUUACCAACAACACCCUGGACAGUAACGGUCAUAUUGUUUUGGCCAGCAUGCACAAGUAUCAACCACGCAUACAUGUGAUACGAACUGCAGACUUAACUCAAAUACCUUGGGCGCCACAGCAGGCAUUUAUAUUUCCGGAAACCGAGUUUGUAGCAGUUACGGCAUAUCAGAAUGAUCGCAUCACCAAAUUGAAGAUCGACAACAACCCGUUCGCGAAAGGGUUCCGCGAAACAGGCCAAUCGCGAAGUAAACGCAAAAUGUCUUCAUCGCCUUCCGAUGACGACUCUGAACAACAACAGCAAUGCCAUCAACAAGCUGGGCGCCACCACGGAGCAAGACAACUACAAUCGCAGUCACAAAGUCAUUCCCACAGUCAGCGUAGUGUUGUUGUGUCGCCGACAAUGUCAACAACGUUGGCAGUGACCAGCGAGUCGGCGGGAUCAUCAAUUUGUUCCGAUAAGGCGGCGCAUCCCAACAGCGACGACAUCGCCUAUGUAGACGUUGACAUUGUGGCGGCGAAUGCCGAUACAGAUGACGAUGGACCGCAAAUUAAGCGCCUGAGAUCAAAUGAGUCCGCCGGGUCGAUAGCAUCGACACCGCUGGAGGAGAUGAUCGUUAAUGCGCAUGCGGGCAGCGAACGCGCCUCUCAUUUGUUUGUGGCUGAAGAAACGAGUUUGCAACCGUCCUUAUUUGAAUGGUCGUCGCAUCUACCACAGCCGACGACUGCUGGUGGUGGUGGUGUUGUCUUCGCCAACG